UUUUGGCGCUCUGGCGUCUUGCAUUUUCAGCAUGGCCUCUCUCUCUCUCUAAACCUCUCUCUCACUCUAAACACCCUCUCUCUCUCUCUCUAAAACCAAAAUGAAAACCAGGGAAAGAACAACAGAUGAGGAAGAAGCAUAAGACCAUUUCGCAGUGAAGGACAAGAAAAAGGCCCUUCCUUCUCUGCUUUGUUUCUCAUUUGAACUGCACAUUGAAGGCUAGAAAUCCUGGCCAUUAUCUUCGAAACAGAAAGUUAUGUGAGACAUUCAUGGAACUAAAAGGCAUGGAGGCUUGGGCAUGUGCAGCACGGUCCAUUUCCAUUGAAGCUGUAAAAAUGGACAUAGAUAAAAUAGAUGGGCUGAGUCGGAGUGACUCUAUUGAAGAAUUGGAGUCGGACAUUGAAAUGAUGGACAUAGAAAGAGCCUUUUCUUUUGCUGAGACCUCGAGUGCCAAGGAGUCUGAUAGUCAUUGUCUGGACCCUGCUACUAGUCAGGAACUUCUCCUGAAGUUUUGUACAGAUGCCUCAUCUUCCUUUUUUAAGGAAUGGGGCUUGAUAAGCCACCAAUUGAACUCGUAUAAUGAUUUUGUGGCUUAUGGCAUUCAUGAGGCCAUCAGAUCCCUGGGAGAGUUCCAUGUGGAUCCAGAAUACAAUCCCUCCUUUAAAGGGUCUGGCUGGAAAUAUGCCUCAGUUAAAUUUGAAAAUGUCAGUGUGGAUAGGCCUACAUACAUGGACCAGCAUGGAGAAAUAUGUGAGCUGAAGCCAAAACAAGCACGUCUUCAGCACAUCACGUAUUCAUCUCGUGUGACAGCUGAUGUUACUACAAAGGUUUAUCUCAGAGAAAUUAAGAAAACUGAUAAAUACAAAACUGGUAGGGAGCAAUAUGUUGAUGUCAAUGUGAUUAGUGAAACUAAAGAAAAAGAUGUGCUAGUGGGUCGGAUCCCUGUGAUGGUGAAGUCCAAUUUGUGCUACCUUCAUGGGCUUAAACCUGAAGUGCUGAUUAGGCAAGGAGAAUGCCCUUUGGAUUUUGGUGGUUACUUUCUGGUCAAGGGUGCAGAAAAGAUCUUUAUUGCACAGGAAAACAUGUGCUUAAGAAGACUCUGGGUGUCCAAGACACCAAGCUGGUCAGUCUUAUACAGACAUGGGAAUUCAAAGCAGAAAAGGGUGGAUGUUAGGAUUGUAGAAAGUCAGAAGGGAGACACUCUGAGCGGGGGAAAAGUAAUUAACAUUUAUUUUCAGUAUGCCUCUGUUCCAAUCUGGAUUAUGUUUUUUGCGCUUGGUGCUUUAUCAGAUAAGGAAAUUGUCCAGAUGAUUGACCUUGAUCCGAGUGAUACAAACUUGGCUUAUAUACUUCUCUCAACAAUCUAUGAUGCUGAUGAGAAGUGUGAGGGCUUUCGUCAAGGUAAAAACUCCAUUGAAUAUUUAGAUAGAGAGAUCCAAAGUGCGAAAUUCCCUCCCAAGGAGUCUGUGGAAGAAUGUAUUGAUUCUCUCUUGUUUCCUUCUCUUCGUGAGCGUAAGCAAAAGGCUUUAUAUCUGGGAUACAUGGUAAAAUGCCUUCUGCUAUCCUAUUUUGGACGAAGGAAAGUUGACAAUAAGGAUGAUUUUAGAAAUAAGAGGCUGGGUUUAGCUGCAGAGUUGAUUGAAAAGGAGAUGCUGGCCCACAUCAAGAAUGCUGGAAGACGUAUGGUUAAAGCUAUCCAAAGAGAUCUAUCUGCUGAUCGUAUUUUGAAACCGAUUGAGUGCUAUUUUGAUGGCUCAAUUGUCACAAAUGGACUUGCCAGAGCUUUUUCGACAGGAAACUGGUGUCAUCCUUUCAAAGUUUCUGAAAGAAUAUCGGGUGUUGUGGCCACCUUGAAGAGAACCAAUCCACUCCAAACCAUGGCUCAUAUGAGGCAGACUCGUCUACAAGUCCAAUAUACUGGCAACAUUGGGAAUGCACGAUAUCCGAAUCCUUCAUACUGGGGAAAGGUGUGCUUCUUGUCAACUCCUGAUGGGGAAAAUUGUGGUCUUGUGAAAAAUUUGGCUGCUACGGGCCUCGUGAGUACCAACUUAAGGGAGCCCCUUUUGGACAAGUUGACUCGCUGUGGAAUGGAUAAGCUGGACCGUGUUUCACCACCUUCAUUGAGUGGAAAGGAUAAAGUUUUUCUCAAUGGGGAAUGGGUUGGACUUUGUGAGGAUUCUUCUAGAUUUGUAUCAGAACUACGGAAUAUGCGUCGCAAUAAGCUCAUUCAUCAUCAGGUGGAAGUCAAGAGGGAUCAGCCACAGCAUGAAGUCCGUAUAUUUUCGGAUGCAGGAAGAAUCCUGAGGCCUCUUUUGAUUGUGGAGAAUAAUAAGCUGUGUGUGUCCUUGGAACAAAUAAAUGAGUUCAUCAAAAAGGGAUGUCCAUUCCAAUAUCUUUUGGACAAGAGAAUCGUAGAAUUCAUUGGCGUGGAAGAGGAAGAGGAUUGCCUAAUUGCCUGGGGUGUCAAGCAUCUACUGUCAGAUGAGAAAAACCAGCCUGCUCAAAAAUAUACUCACUGCGAAUUGGAUCUUUCCUUCUUGUUGGGCUUAAGUUGCGGUAUGAUUCCCUUUGCCAAUCACAAUAUGGCGAGACGAGUUCUUUUCCAAUCAGAGAAGCACUCCCAACAAGCUAUUGGUUUUUUCACAUCAAAUCCAAAUAACAGGGUGGAUACUCUCUCUCACCGGCUCUAUUACCCUCAGAAACCUCUUUUCAAGACAAUGCUUUCGGAGUGCAUUGGGAUCCCAGAGUUUCACAAUGGUCAAAAUGCAAUUGUGGCUGUGAAUGUUCAUGAAGGUUACAAUCAGGAGGACUCCAUUGUUAUGAACCGUGCUUCAUUAGAUAGAGGAAUGUUCCGGACAGAAAUUCAUCGUAGUUAUAAAGCUGAUAUCCCAGUUGACGACUCUGUGCAACGUGUCAAGCGUAAGGAAAAUGAAUAUUUUGGCAAGCCUAUUAAUGGAUUUGGGAAAAUAGAUAGUCUCGAUGAUGAAGGGCUACCAUAUAUUGGUGCGAGUAUGAAAGAAGGUGACAUCAUCAUUGGAAGGUAUGUGGAUUCAGCAUCAGAUCGCAGCAUCAAGCUGAAACACACUGAAAAGGGGAUAGUUCAGAAGGUUGUGUUGUCAGCAAAUGAUGAGAAUAAGCUUGCCGUUGUGCAAUUGAGACAGGUUCGAACCCCAUGUCUUGGGGACAAAUUCUCAAGCAUGCAUGGCCAAAAGGGUGUGGUGGGUUUCAUUGAGGCCCAGGAAAAUUUUCCAUUCACACGCCAAGGAAUUGUCCCUGACAUAGUGAUAAACCCCCAUGCAUUCCCAACGAGGCAGACUGCUGGUCAGCUUCUUGAAUGUGCUUUGGGAAAAGGCAUCUGUUGUACUAGAGAGGAGAAUGUAAAAGACAACCCCAAAGACAAGAGCAAAACGGGAAGAAAGAAAGCCGAGACUCCUGAACGUUUGAAGUAUGCAACCCCUUUCUCAACUGCCUCUUUUGACGACAUUACCGAUCAGCUUCAAAGGUAUGGAUUUUCUAGAUGGGGUACAGAGAGAGUUUAUAGUGGAAGAACAGGUGAGAUGCAGAAGAGCCUCAUAUUCAUAGGGCCUACAUUUUACCAGAGGCUGGUUCACAUGGCUGAGGACAAGAUGAAGUUUCGAAACACAGGGCCGGUGCAUCCUUUGACCAGGCAACCAGUGGCUGAUAGAAAGAGGUUUGGAGGGGUAAAAUUUGGAGAAAUGGAGCGAGAUUGCCUUAUAGCUCAUGGAGCAGCGGCCAAUCUUCAUGAAAGGCUCUUUGUUCUAAGUGAUUUCUCUCAUAUGUUUGUGUGCACAAAGUGUUCCAAUAUGGCAAAUGUGACAAUACGAACUGUCGCAAAUAGGAGAGAGAGAGGUCCAUUUUGCCGGUUUUGCAAAUCAGCUGAGAAAAUUGUGAAGAUCAAUGUGCCUUAUGGUGCCAAAUUGCUAUACCAAGAGCUUUUCAGCAUGGGGAUAGUGCUCAGGUUUGAGACUGAGCCAUGCUGAGCUUCUGUGGUGAAUGGAAGUGUUUGGAGGAGCUAGCUUUUGGGGUUUUAUUUUGUGAAUAUGGAAGGUUUUUGGGCUCUUGUUGAAACUUGAUGAUUUGGGAGGUUUGAUGUGGGCAAGUAAAGUUUAUGGGAGAUGGAGAUUUUUAUUUUGGGGUUGUGCAGGCCCCACCAAUAGUGUUUCUGACGUUGUAAAUAUGUCAAAUCUUGGUGUUGCUUGAUGGUCCCUUUGUUUAUUAUCU